AUGGCAUACGAAGACCCAGACAAGUUCAUCUCCGACAGCACCCUCUUCUUCCUCCCCGGCGCCAUGAUCCUCUGGCUCCUCAUCUUCAUGAUCGUCACCCUCAGCUACAGCGUCAACAGCCCGCCCAAGAUCAUGCCCCGCGCGGUAAACCUCGGGCUCGUGGGCGUCGCGAGCGUCUUCAUGGGCCUCUGGCUGCUGGGCCUCAUGGUCUGCUACUGCCGCGGCACGUUCCUGAAGGGCCGGUCGGGGCGAGACGUGGCGCCGAAGCCGCCCGGCUGGGGUGAGGAUAUGGAAAAGAGGAUGUGUCAGUUGGAGAAGCAGACGAAGCCGCCGACGCCGCUGCCGGGACAGGCGCAGCGGAAUCACCAGAAUGCACAGAUUGCACAGCGGGAUGAGCGGGAGUUCCAACACAACCACAACCUCUUGGCCAACACCAGCCCCUUCCACAACAACAACCUUCUUAUCCAUAUCCAGUACAACCAGAACCUAUGCGUCAAUACAAGGCCUUCCAACCACAAGCUCAGCAGCAGAACCAACAACAAGCCCAUCAAGACGGUGUACGACGCCAUCAAUCAAGACCCAUGCCUGACGGACCGAGGGAUAUGCCCCCGUCCCAACACAGAUCUCGCAACCGCCAACCGUCUCCCGGCCGUUCAAACCGAUACCCACCUCUCACGAGCGGUUACAACUCUAGUGUCCAGAACACCCCGAUUACGAUGUACCAUCCUCCUCGCUCAUCAAGCCAGCCUCCGAGGGUCCGGUCGACCGUGCAAGAAGUUUCAGAAAGCCCUGGCUCGCCGACGAGAGGAAGAGUGA